CAUUCUGUUAUUGUUCCGUAAUCGAUGAUCAUUCGUUGAAGUUCGUUGAAUGUUGAACUGUGCUUGUGAUAAUAUUUGUUCUUCUGGAGGCCUAUUCUGUAACUUUUAACAAAUGCGUUAUAACUGUAACGCAUGCGUUAGUCGUCAUAUCGUCGACGAAUUCAUGGUUAACAAAUGAAUUAUAGUUAUAACGCAUGCGUUAAAAGUUACAGAAUAAGUCUGCUGGAUCGAUUGCUAUUCUAAUAAAGAAGUCAUCACCAACAAAAAUGAGUGAAAGUCCACCGUUUAUGGUUGUGAAAUUCUUAUCUACUGAUGAUGAAGAAACUGAUGAUGAAUGUUACGAGGUGGCUCUUUCAAAAUGGCUUGAAGAUUUAGAUGAAAAUAGGAUUGGAAAUAUAUUCUGGCCAGAAGAUAAAUCUAUAGCAGGGACAUUAGUUCGAACUCAAGCAAAUGCGGAAUCAAAUUGGCCCACUUAUACAGUGGAAGUUAAAAGAUACUAUGAUACAUAUUUUCAAGCGCGAAAAGGAUUAACAGGAAUAAUAGAGUAUGCUUCAGCCUAUGAGACUGAUACUGGAAAAGAAAUGGGAAGAGGAAAGAGGAAGAAAAAAGUAAAACCAUUCACGUCUUCAGAGGAAUCUGAUAAUGAUCAGUGUGUAAAAGAUCAAUUGAAGAAAAAAAAGUGUAGCAUUCCUUCACCACCAACAAUCCAUGUUCCUGGAACUUCUAUCUCAACUGAUAAGAAUUCUGGUCAUAUUAAAUACAAAAGACAUAUUAUUGAAGAUUCCUCAAGCAUAAAAAAACUGAAAGUUGCAAAAGAUUCAAGUGAAUCUACAGGAUCAGAAAAUACUCGUGAACGAUUGCUUGAAAAGAUUAUCAAUGAAAGAAAAAAGGCUAUGAAAAAAAAUGAGAAAAAUAAUACUACAUUAUUUGCUGCACAUUCACAAGUUUUACAACCAUCAUCAGGAAAGCAAUCUACAUCUAACACCUUUCUUUGUCAACGUAACAUGAAGACUUCCUCUACAUCAAAAAUUGUGAAAUCUCCAGAGAAGACUGCAGUCAAUAAGCUCAGAGAAUUGUUUGAUAACACUAAGACAAAAACCAAAGAAAAGGUUAAAAAAUCUAAACCCUCUACAGCUUCUGAAGUUUCCUUAAAAAUUACACCAGGUCCUUCUAACAACUAUUCUGAAAGAUCUAAUAUGAGUCCUUCGACAGAGUCCGAUAUUUCAAGGAAAUCAGAUGAUCCGCUUAGAAACCCACAGAAAUCUCCUUCUUUGUUGAAUUUGGAAUUAGAAAGAGAACAUAAUCCGAUAAAUCCUUUGUCUCAAUCACCAUCAGUAAAUGAUGAUACUUCACAAGAUACUACACUACUCGCACAAGAAGAAAAGAGCAGCCCACUUUCUUCCAAAGAAAAAUUAGAGCGACCUGUUCGUAAUUUGACAAAUGUUCUUAUUGUUAGUGCAGAUUUUGAUCAACAUUUUAUAACAUUGAAAAAGAACUUAGACGACAUGAGCAGCAAGCUUGACGUCAUUAUUAUGAACCAAGCGAACUUAAAUAAAUGUUUGAUUCCGGAACAGGCUAUCAUUACUAGACCUUCAAAUCUACCUCCUUUACCUUUAAAUGAUAUGAAAAGUCUCGAAGAAUUUGACAAAUUUUUAUCUAAAGAUGUAAAUCUGUCGGCAGCGUGUUACUAUUUGAAGAGUUUGCCGUUAGGUGAUAAUGAAAAAAUUGUAGCAUCAAGACUUAUGACCAAAUUGAUGACUAAUUCCUUAGCGAAACAAUUCAACUUUGAUGGUCAUAAUCCUCAAAAGGCUAAAGUUAAUAAAAGGCCAUUUAAGAAACUGAAACUAUGGGAAUUAUUUCAAGGAGUUAUGCUAUUAAAAUUUCCUACCAGUGAUUUGGAAGAUGCCUUAAAUGCAGUCAGAAAUUGGCUACGAAACGCUGCUGGGCAUAAGCAAUGAAAUGUGCAAUUUCAUUUUUUUUAUUUUUAACAGAAUCUAAUGUAUAAGAAAAGCAGAGGUAAAAAGUGCUCGCAUACGAGAAUAUUGCGUUGUGAUAUCUUAUUAUUCUUAGACGACUCUUUACAAGGUCUUUUUCUCGAUACAAAUUAGCACGGGGGAGGUUUCCCAUUAAAAGGGAAGAGGUCAUUUAAUAUUUGUCAUAAAAUGCAAUUAAUUAUUUUUUUUCUUGAAUGUGAAAUAUGAUCUCUAUUCAUGUGCAAUUUGCGAAGUCUUAUGUCAUUUUUAUUUUGUUAUUGUAUUUUUGAUAUUGCUGCUUUAUUUUGAAUAUUAUUUGUCUUAUUUUUUAUUUAUGUAACUGAUAAGACAUUGUCAGGUUUAAAUUUGAUUUGAAUUAUUACAUAUAAAAGUUUUUAGUUGAAGUAUGUAUAUGUAGAAUAUA